AUGACCGAGGAUUUCAAAGAGUUUUAUGCAGAGGCUGCUGCAGUGCAACACGUGUAUGCAGACUGGGAACGGUUAUGGAGAAGAAAAUAUGGAGAAAAUUAUGGAGAGGUUGAAGGACCUAUAAAUAUUCCAAUGCUCGAAAUGCAAAUGAUAGGUGCUACAACUUCCUUCAGUCUUCCUUUUGCUCUCGCAGAUCACACUCACGCGGCUGCUCAGCCAAUUUCCUCUCGGUCGUCUCUGCGGAGUUGGGCGGCAAGCAUACCGGCAUCUGGCGGCCAACAACUGCUAGCCAAUUGUAUUACAACAUUCGUCGCACCACGCUUCCACAACGCCACAACUUCUGGUCAAUCGUAA